UUUACAACAGUUCUGUAUAUGGCUUCCUCCAGCAGUCUCCUGUCUGAAGAGCAGUUCCUGUGCUCUAUCUGUCUGGAUGUGUUCACUGAGCCAAUCACCACUUCAUGUGGACACAACUUCUGCAUGGCCUGUGUCACAAAGUACUGGAAUGGCAAGAACCUGUGUCAAUGUCCACUGUGUCAGGAGAAAUUCUCCAGACGACCUAAGCUUCACAUCACCACGACCUUCAGAGAAGUUGUGGAGAAUUUUAGAAAGACGAGAGACAGACGUAGAGAUGGGUCCCCUUCCAAACCGGAAGUAGUUCCCUGUGACGUCUGUACUGGGAUGAAGCGCAAAGCCCUGAAGUCCUGCCUGGUGUGUCAGAACUCUUACUGUGAGACUCACCUUGAGCCUCAUCAGAUAGCCUCACCCUUAAAGAGACACAAACUGAUCAACCCUGUGGUGAACCUACAAGACAGGAUGUGUAAGAAACAUGACAGACUCCUGGAGCUGUUCUGUAGGACCGACCAGACAUGUGUGUGUCAGUUCUGCACUGAAACAGACCACAAGACUCAUGACACUGUUCUUAUAGAGGACGAGUGUGGAGAGAGGAAGAUUCAGCUGGGGAAAACUGAGGCAGAAGUGCAGCGGAUUAUCCAGGAGCGACUGAAGAAGGUUAAAGAUAUCAAACUCUCAGUAGAUCUCAGCAGGAGAGAUGCAGAGAGAGAGAUAGCAGACAGCGUGCAGGUUUUCACUGCUCUGGUGCGCUCCAUUGAGAAAAGCCAGGCGGAGCUAAUUGAGGUAAUUGAGGAGAAGCAGAAAGCAGUAGAGAGGCAGGCUGAAGGGUUCAUUAAAGAACUGGAGCAGGAAAUCACUGCGCUAAAGAGGAGAAGCACUGAGCUGAAGCAGCUCUCACACACUGAGGACCACCUCCAACUUCUCCAGAGCUUCUCAUCCCUAGUGUGCACCCCUCCACUCACCAAGGACUGGUCUGAGAUCAGUGUUCACAGUGAUCUCUGUGUGGGGACUGUGAGGAGAGCUGUGUCUCAGCUGGAGGAGACAUUGAAUAAAGAGAUGGAGAAGCUGCCUGAGGUCAAACUGAGGAGGAUUCAGCAGUAUGCAGUGGAUGUGACUCUGGACCCUGAUACAGCAAAUCUAUAUCUCAUCAUGUCUGAAGAUGGAAAACAAGUAAGAUGUGGAGACACACCACAGAAUCUUCCGGACAAUCCAAAACGGUUUUAUCAGUAUCCCAUUGUCCUUGGAAAGGACGGCUUCUCCUCGGGGAGAUUUUACUAUGAGGUGACGGUUAAGCGGAAAACUGACUGGGAUGUAGGUGUGGCCAGACAGCCCAAAGACAGGAAGGUUAAUAUCUCACCUAGCUCUGUGUAUAGACUCUGGACUGUGUCUCUAAGGGAUGGGAAUACUUACAAAGCCUGUACCUUCCCCCCUGUCUACCUUUCCUUGAGAGAGAAGCCCCAGAAGGUGGGGGUGUUCGUUGACUAUGAGGAGGGUCAGGUCUCCUUUUAUGAUGUGGUGGCCAGGUCUCAUAUCUACUCUUUCACUGGCUGCAACUUUACAGACAAGCUCUAUCCAUUCUUCAGCCCCUGUAUGAAUGCUGGUGGUAAAAACUCAGCCCCACUUAUCAUCUCUCCUGUCAAUCACACACACUGAUUAAACAAUGGAGGGACAUUUUCAUCUUAACAUAGAUAAUAAUUGUUUUUAUUUGCUGAAAAGACUAUCAACUGAAAUGAACUUAAAGGUGUAGUUGGUUCAACAUAUUAAGAAAAGCGAAUACA